UGUUUAUAAAAGUCAUUAUUUUACUCUAUACAUUCAUUUUAGCGACAGAAUGCAAUACCAAACCACAGAAAAAAAUUGUCAUUGAUAAAAAACAUUUGAAGCUUGACUUCUUGCAUAUUUUUGGUUCAAUGGCCGAAAUAUUUUCUGACACAGAAAUGGACUUUGGAUAUUUUGCUGCCCACGAUUACGAUCAGAAUAAAAAACUGGACGGAUUAGAGUUGCUAAAAGCAUUUGGUCAUGAGGACCAGCACGAUACGGAUGUCAGCAAAAAUCAUUCCGUGUUCUCCGAAGAACUUGAAAAUCAGGUUGACGACAUCUUUGAUGAACACGAUUCAGAUAAUGACGGGUUCCUCAGCUACAAAGAAUUUCUAUCUGUGCAGAGAUUUCAUACGGAUGUUGAUUCCACAGAGAAAAUAGCUGAGAAACCAGGCUAAAGAAUGUAAAAUUUAUGUAAUAUGAUCUGACUUUUUAUACAAUAUAUCUACAACACUGGCUCGACUUGAAAUGAAAAAAAAAGAAAGUUUUUGAAGUUGUUAAUUGUUGUGUUUAUUAAUGAAUAUGUUAUAAGAAAAGCAAAACUGCGGUGAAUUUUACAAUGUUGCCUUGUUAUAUUAUUACGAAAUAUACACAUUUUAAUGAUUUAAAUCUCAAUGUUUAAAAUAAUUGCCUUCAUUCUAAGUUACCUUAAACUACUCCCAGUAAUGAGCACUUAUUGUCGACACAUCUCUACUUUUAAAAAUGAUGUUUUAAAACAUUUUUUUGAUUAACGUUGUACUAACAAAAAAUUUUCUUUCUGUUUAUUAUUAUAUGAUAAACUUUAAGGUAGAUGUCACUUAAAAUGGGAGCUUAAAAUACCUAUUGCUUAAAUCAUUGUGUAAUUUCACAUUUAGAAGCAGCAAACUACUUUAAUUAGAAUUGAACAAUUAAUGCUUAAAAUUAGGAAUUCUUUUUUACGUACAUCGCAAAGAAAAGUGGAAAA